CCAAAUACAAACAUCCAGAUUCCAAAUUCAAAUCCGCUCAUUUUCCCUCCAAUUGUCACUAUCCCUAAUGUAAACAUUCCGGUUCCAAACAGACAGACAAACAAUAUGCUUUCCUUGCCACAGACGAGCAACAACGUCGUAGCAAAUGCCCAAAGCAGAACCGGAAGUACUAUUCCUACAUCAAAUACGAACACAGCAACACAAAAUACACUCAAUAAUGGAAAUUCACGGUUUCCAACAUUUAAUAAUAACAUACCGCUCGCAUUGCGACGGAGACAAUUCCCAUUUCGAAAUCAGAAUAUUUUACAAUUACGAAAUUCAAUUUCCAGACAACGUUCUCAAAAUCCAAAUACCUCACCAGCGAUUUUGGGCCGGACAAUGAGCAGGCCCAAUGCGUUCACGCCUGCUCGACAAAAUCAAAGAAUACCAUUUUCACGAAGACCUUUUAUAAGACAAAAUCAAAAUGUACCUAGAAAUUUUCCUAGAUUUCAAAAUACUUCACCAUCAUUUCCAAUGAUUCCGCGAAACCAAAGUGCAGUGAUGGGAUUUCCACAAAGUAAUACAUCUCCAAGGCAAAACCCUUUCCGAAGAUUUAAUUUACAAACUCAAACAUCAGCAGCUACUAACCAGCAACGAAUCACAAAUUCGAACCAAAGACAAAUCACGUUAAAUACAGCUAAUCGAAGGCCAAGAUUUCGAGUUCAGCAGGUACGAGCAACUCCACAGAGGGAGCCAAACCGCAAUGACCCAAAUUUGUUUGUUAUUAGGACCUUGAGGAGAGUGAUGAGACCAAAUUUUACGUGCCCUGGUUUAACCGGACCAAAUGUCCGUACUUGGAUGUUACGCCUGCCACGAGUCCAGAUUCCCACCCGUUUCCAAUCAGGUGUAUGUAUGGUGUUCAACCUUCCCGUCAACGGGGACUUCCACCUGAUAGGAGGGACUCCUGUCAUAGACAAUAGGGAUGCUGUACAGCAGAUGUUUGUGUACGGCUGUGACGAAGGCACCACAGUCCCAGUGACGCUACGUCCGUACGCAUGUGACGGGAUGCCAAGGAGGGAAUGUCAGAAUAUCAUUGGAGGAUAUGGGGGUUCGAUUCCGGGGAUUUGUUUUCCAAGAUCAGGAGGAAUCAGAAUUGGCCGGACUGGUUUUAAACAAAUCAUCCUACAGGUUCGUUGGAUGAACCUGUUCGGGAGGUUCGGAAUGACGGAUAGUUCUGGCAUGACGAUGUAUUAUACCAAUUCCUUGCGUCAGUAUGAUAUUGGAACUAAGGUUCUUCGAGCAACUCACUUCACUAUCCCACCAGGUCAGCCAGAAUACACCGUGUCAAGCACGUGCCCUGGGGAAUGUACGGUCAUGCAAAUAAGAUCACCUAUCUACAUAAGCAUGGCCUUCAACCAUAUGCAUUUACUAGGCAGGAGAGAAAAAGUCGAACUUGUACGGAACGGGGAAGUCGUGGGUUUGAUAACCGACGAAGAUGCAUUUAGCUAUGACGAUCCAAAAGCAUACUGGCAUCAGAAUCCUAUUCAGAUAUUACCAGGUGACAGUCUGCGCAUGUCCUGUGUAUACAAUUCAAUGAACAUGCGCGGCAACGUUUCGUGGGGCUUCGGAGAGGCUGACGAGAUUUGUCUUGCUACCUUGUUCUACUAUCCGAAGGAGAGCUGGGAGACGACUUCCUGUACCAGCUUCCGGAGUAUUCCUCUUUGUAAGCUGGAAACAACUGGAAUAGUCAAUGAUUGUGACUUCAAUAGCUUUUUCAGCACACUGAGACGAGAUUUUCAAACUGCCGCGGUUCUGGCGAACUGUACAAUCCGACGUAUCUGUAAUGACGGCUGCCAUUCUCUCGCGAAUGCUGCUAAAUCUCAUCCUUGCUUAAAGGGGGAUAACCAAAAGUUGCUGGAAUCAAGUAUUGAUAUUUCGCCGGACGAAAGACUGUCAGUUCUGUUUGAAACUUUAAAAUUAUGUCAAUCGGGUAUACAUGGAGUUGAGCCUGGGAUUCCAAUCUCAAGCAAUCGUAUACCUGUGAAUUUAUUGCCUGAUGUAGAGACUGUAAAAAAUAUGAUGCACAAUAAUAUAAUUACAAUUCCACCAAAACCAACGUUGGCGCCAGUCGCCACCGUGCCUCCGAUACCCAGAAUUCCCCUUCUACCAACACCACUUCCGUCGCCGACUUCCACAACACCUCGUGAAAUAAAACCCAACAAGCAAACAAAAGAAACUGAGUCUGUAGUACCAAUAGCUGGGGAUGCUAAGAUAAAAAUAAUUCCUAUAAACAGGAAUAAUAACGAAGAGAGCGUCCAAUCAACCAUGAUACGGCUCAUUCAAGAUCACUUCCGGUCCGUUCCAAUCAGCAUAGUGGUUAUCUCCCCUGACGGACUUCUUCGUGUGGAAAAUCAAAUCGGACUCUCUAGUUUCACUAAUACUAAUCCCUAACUGAAAAAAAAGAAAAGACAAUGUGCAUUAUUUAUUACAUGUUUUAUUACAUGCUAUUUGCAUUCAGAAUACAAGCGAUUGUUUAUAUUUCAGUGCAAUACAUAAGAGGUACUG